UUAAUCCAACAGGGGUGCGUUGCAAGUCGCUCAGCCGAUUUUCUAGCGCUUAAGUCACUUCUACAACGGUUCUAAGUGCUUGACAUCAAACAAUCAUGGCUGACUUUUCACCGUUGAACUUAAUGCUUAUAAACGAAAUAGCAGAAAGUGACGAUACUUCAAAUGUUCUUGUAGAAGAACUGAGUAAAAACAGAAGACUUUUGGAUAUCAUUGCCGUAAAGCAUAUUUUUAAGGAAACACACGCCUGUGUUGUUGAUUAUGCCUCCGAAAUUGUCCCAAAGUAUAGCGAAGGAGACUUUCGAAUGCAUUUCCGUAUGAGUCGCAGUACUCUAUCAGUGAGUUUGUCUCAAAAACUUCCAUAUUUAACGAUAAAAUCUGAAAAUCAAAAUAUUGACUUGGAUAAUCUUUAAAUGCAAACAGUCAUUGACAUUGUACAUUUCCAUCCUAGGUUUCCCAUUAAAUUUGCUCUUCGUUGAAUAGGGUCUACACUGGGUUAUCUCGCGCAAAUGCCAGAAUUGUGAACGUUAACUAAUUAACUUUCAUGAAUGAGUAAACAUCGACCAAUGAAAACGCGUGUUAUCGCCUUAACGGUAAUAACGUCACUGUAGUAAAAGUGACGUUAGCUCUGUUUACAUUGGCAACCAAAGUAUCGGUUUUUUUUAUGAGACUUUAUUAUCCGAUUUCAACGCUAGAGCAAUACACUGGGGAACUAUUCCUACAUAGACUUUCUUUUAAUUUUUAACAUUGCGUUUCAUUUUCGUUAUUGCCGUUGAUUGUUACGCCCUUUUCUGGUGCAAUGACUAUUAUAUUUCAGAAACUCAUUGAUGAAAUUGGUCUUAUAUUGAGCGGCUGUAACAAGGUUAGCCUGGAAACAAAGAUCUUGUCAAGUGUGUGGGUAUUGUCCAACCAAGAAUCAUUUCGGGGUAUCGCAGAUCGAUUUGGAUUAGAAAAGGGACAACUGCAUAGGAUUUUUAUUGAAUUUUGUGAGAGUGUUUCUAGCAUAAAUGAGAAGUAUAUCACAUGGCCAAGUGCUCCACGUGCAGAAGUUAUAAUGAAAUCAUUUGAAGAGACAUCAUCAAUCCCAAAUGUUAUUGGAUGCAUUGAUGGUAGUUACAUCAACUUGUCUGGUCAAGCAACAGAAUGCAGAGCCAGUUACAUCAAUAGAAAGGGAAAUUCCUCUAUGCAGCUCCAGGCAGUGUGCGACCAUGAAAUGAAGUUCAUUGAUGUCUACACAGGUUGGCCUGGAUCAGUGCACGAUUCUAGAGUCUUCAAAGCAAGUCCUUUGUUCAAUUAUUUGGAACAAAAUGGUAUUGUAAAUGAUGGUCACAUCCUUGGUGACUCCGCAUACCCAUUACAAAAUUAUCUUUUGACUCCAUAUAGAGACAAUGGUCAUUUAAACAAUUAUCAAAAGAGAUACAAUUUUCUGCAAAGUUCUUGCAGAUCUGUGAUUGAGAGGACAUUUGCACUUCUGAAAGGAAAAUUUAGAAGAUUAAAAUAUCUAGACAUGCACAAAAUUGAAAAGGUGCCAGAUGUUAUAAUGGCUGCAUGUGUUCUCCAUAAUUUUAUCCGUGAACAUGAAUCCUCAUGUGAAGUCGAGAGCGAUCCAGAAGAUUCUGAUAUGUCAUUUAAUGACCCAUGCAACUCUCAGGGACAGAAUGAAAAAAGUUGCACAAAGAGGGACAGAAUUGCAAAUUUGCUAUAGUUGUGUACUAUAUCAGUACACAGUCUGCACAUGUUCAUUUAAACAUUGUGUAUAUCUGUUAUGAAUUAUUAUGGGAAAAUGUAUGUGGUAAGUGUACAGUACCUGUACCUAUUUCUCAUUUCAUGCUUCUGAUUAUUAGUAAUAAUGACUGUCCAUAACUAUAAAUUCACAUCCUUGUCAGUUUGAAUUGCGAAUACAUAAUUUCAGGAAUGAGAUUGUUAAGUGUA